GUUUCGGAUCCGUAGGAAAGCUGGGUUCAUUGUUAACAGAACAUAAAUUCAGUCAGUCACUGCCCUAAAGUUGCAAUCUUUGGAUAAUAUCAGCUCCAGAAUCACUCAAGCAAAGUUAUUCAAGAGGGUAAAUCGAUUGGAGAAUGGCGAGUAAUGUGGAUGCAGCCGGAAAUCCGAUCCCAACAUCUGCGGUGUUAAUGGCAUCGUCAAAACAUAUAGCAUCAAGAUGCCGAGACGCGAAUGUGGCUUUUCUGAAAUGCAAAAAAGAUGAUCCAAACCCUGAAAAAUGCCUCGACAAAGGCAACCAAGUCACCCGUUGUGUUCUCGGCCUGCUGAAGGAUCUUCAUCAAAGGUGCACCAAGGAGAUGGAUGCUUACGCUGGAUGCAUGUACUACAACACAAAUGAGUUUGAAUUGUGCCGCAAGGAACAAAAAGAGUUUGAGAAGGCAUGUCCCCUCUGAAUGAUGAUGGCUGAACAAAACUCUGUAUUUGAUCUGCAUUUUUAAUAAUUUCAGCACAUGCACAACAAGCAGAUGUUGUAUGUUGGAAAAAUUUUAGAUGAGCUCCUUGAUGAAUGACAAAUUUCAAUUUUUGUUUGUUCAAAGAAUUUAGAUUAUCCCUUAAUUGACCUUCAAACUACUCUUUGUUUCUAUAUUCAAGAUAUACGCUUUGAUUCCAGAGCAUGCUUUUGAAAGAACAUUUCCUAUGGGUAACCUGUAGUUGUAGUUUUACUGUGUAUUCAAAGGUUUAUGCGGGUAGGCUAUACAAGAUGUAAAGUAUAAAUUUAACCACCA